AUGAACGAACCAUAUGGAUAUGACGAUCAGGACUCGCCCGGAGGGCUCAAGGCCAUCCAGCCGGACUUUAAACCAAGAGAACCGACGCCGCCGCCGUUUGUCCAAAGCACAUCACCUGUAAGGAGUGGCGGCAGCCAUCCGGACAAGGAAUUCUCCAAGUCUAAGCACGCCGGGGCAUUUACUUAUGGACAGGCCGAGUCCGGUGCAGCUCUGCUCCGCGGUACACUUGCAUCUGGCCUCCCUGAUGUUGUAUGGGCUGAAACACAGAACCCGAUUGCUAGAGACCCUCAUCCAGUCGACCAUAGGUUCUUCAGACCACCACCCGGCUUGACAAUAGGCAGGAAGCAUACUCCUGAGGAGCAGAGACCCAAGCUUGCCGAGUCGGACCUGAAACAAAAGGCAAAUGCCGCACUGGAUCUGGCCCCUGUUCCCGAACCCGGCCUCAAACUACCUCCGCUAAAUGAUGUUGAUAGCAGAGAGCCAAGCCAACCGGAUAGAGAGCGCUCCGCACUCUCUAUAAGCCAGUUUAUCAUUCACGAUCCGGGGAGCCAAGACUCACUUCCUGCGCUUGUCAACACGUCGGCAUCCCGCCCGCCAGACAAUGCCGGCACUAGACUACCGCCGCUAAAAACGCAGCUGAGCGGACUCGGAACGCUGCCACCGCCGUUGUCGAAUGCACCUCCUCCACGGAUUGUAGGCAGUACCUCGUCAUUCCCCUUGCCUCCCGUAUCGGCUGUUUCUCCUCCCAUGAUCCGGGCAGAACCCAGCCCGUGGGAUCCUCAUCGCGGGAAUCGGUUGCCGGCCAAGAUACCGCCCAGUCCGUAUAGCCAUCUUUCACCUGCAAGCUCGCAGGCUAUAUCCGCCGUCUCGUCUCCGGUAUCGCAGCCGACAUAUUGGCGAGGCGGCCCAAAGUCGGCCGGGCCUUAUUACGAGUCGUCUUCCAUGUCCUCCAGAAGCCCAGCGACUAAUUAUCCGACGCCGACCGAGCAUGUACCGCCAGGAUCUUGUGAACCGGUCAACUAUGUCUCUCCUCAGGGCAACGUGCCACCCGCUGCGCCAGGUACCUUCAAGUGCGACCACCCUGGAUGCAACGCGGCUCCAUUCCAGACACAGUACUUGUUAAAUUCACAUGCAAAUGUCCACUCGCAAGAUCGACCUCACUUUUGUCCAAUUGAAGGCUGUUCACGUGGUCCGGGAGGGAAAGGAUUCAAACGGAAGAACGAGAUGAUUCGCCAUGGACUAGUGCACAAUUCCCCGGGAUAUGUCUGCCCGUUUUGUCCAGACCAGCAACAUAAGUAUCCGCGGCCUGAUAAUCUCCAGCGGUAUGUUUCACUUGUUUAG